AUGGCUGCUGCGGCUCACUCCAAGUUCAACGAAUUCCGAUCAAAGUUUCGGGGAACUUGUGAGUUUUUGAUAAUUUUUUUAAUCUGGGAAAAAAUCUGGGGAAGUCUAGAAGUGAUUCUACAGUAAUCAAAAAUUUUCUGGAAGACGAAAAAAUUAGAUUCAGGUUACUGUAGGAGCUAGAAACUUGUAGAUCACAACAUGUGCCGCUAAUAAAUCCGAAGGUUACUGUAUUUUUCGGCCCUAAAAUCUACAGUAACCCUAGUUGCGGAAGAAUCCACGUAGUGAAUACAGUAAUCCAAACUGCAAGAAAAUCCAAUACCUACAGUAAUCCCCAAACUUUGAGCCCUAAUGUCGCAGUAUCCAAACUGCAAAAUUUGAACCUACAGUAACCCCCGAACUGCAAGAAAAUCCAAAACCUACAGUAUCCAAACUGCAAAACCACUUAAAAUUCUAUUUUCUCAUGAUUUAUAUUAAAAUUAACCUACAGUAAUCCCCGAACUGCAAGAAAAUACACGUGGAUUUUUGGAGGCCCAAAUCUACAGUAACCCUAGGCAUGUUUGGGGUCAAAAAAUCGGGAAUCCAAAAUUCUUUAUGCAUGCUAGAGAUCUAGGAACUUUCGAGAAAUAUCUACAGUAACCCCCGCACUGCAAGAACAUCCUGUAAAUACAGUAAUCCAAACUCUGAGCAUGUGUAGAAAUAUCAAAAUAAACCUACAGUUGAAUCUACAGUACCCCAAACUGCAAAAAAAUUCACGUGGAUUUUUGGAAGCCCAAAAUCUACAAUCCAAAAUUCUUCAUGAAAUUACUGAGAUCUAGGAACUUUCAAAAAUAUCUACAGUAACCCCCCGCACUGCAAGAAACUACAGUACCUUUCAGUCUUCGACUUCAUCUACUACCUCUUGGUCCUCACAUUUCCCACAAUUCUCAUCGCCGUCGGAUUUUUGAAACACGACGCGUGCCCCAGUGAAUCACGAAUUCCACUCUGGCUAAUCGCCUAUGGCCUCGUGAUUCUAGCCAACAGAUUAUUCGCUGAAAUUGUGUCGAAAAAGUCAAAAGCGGUGGAAUUGAAAUAUCCGGAAAUUGAAAAUGAGACAAAAUUGGAGAAGGCGCAAAGGGAACUUUGGAUUGAUUCCGAGGGACCACAUUAUGCCAAAGCGGUUUUUAGUUUGACGAGAAGUUUUAAGAUUUUAUUGUGAGUUGCGGAGAACUUCUAGAUGUUCUAGAUGUUUUUUAGAACUUAUAGAUCCUUUCAGAAUCAUCAUUGGAAUCUACUUGCUCUUCGCAAGUUACGAUAACUCUCAAUAUUGCCACUGGGCUCCUUAUUCAUUGUUCAUUUUCGCCGUCAUUUCCUCGAUUCUCCUUCUUUUUGGUUUGAUUUUGGUUGGAUUUUGUCUUUUGUGCAUUUUUAGAAAAGAGAAUGAUAGUCAUGCUUGA